AAACAUCCCAAGUAUUUUGUAUUACUACAUUUGUUUUUCAUACAAAAGUAAUAUCUAUACCAUCACUCAAGUAAUUAUCACCAAAAAAACACCAUGGCUGAAGAGAAGAAACACCACUUUGGUGGUCUCUUCCACCACCACAAGGACAAGGAAGAAGACAUUCCCGUCGAGAAAACUACCUAUGGAGAGAGUGAAAAAACUAGUUAUGGAGGUGAAAAUACAUAUGGUGAGAAAACUAGUAAUUAUGGUGGUGAUAAUACAUAUGGAGAAAAACCUAGCACCUACGGAGAUAAUACGUAUGGUGAGAAAACUAGCUAUGGUGAGGGAGAUGACAACAAAUAUGGCGAGAAAACUAGUUAUGGUGAUGAUACAUGCGGCCAAAAACCUACCUCCUAUGGCGAAGAUAAUGCGUAUGGUGAGAAAACAAGUUAUGGAGAUAGUGGAUAUGGUGAGAAAACAAGCUAUGGAGAUAGUGGAUAUGGUGAGAAAACAAGCUAUGGAGACAGUGGAUAUGGAGACAAAACUAGCACCUAUGAUGACAAAAAAUAUGGUGAGAAAACUAGUUAUGGUAAUGAGGAAGGUGGGUAUGGUGGAGGAACUGCUGCUGCCUACUCAUCUGAGACUACUAAUUAUGAAGACAAUGAUACUGAAACCAAAAAUUUUGAGGAUUAUAAGGAAGAGAAGAAACACCAAAAAUUUCAGCAUGAGGAGGAGAAAGACCCAGAGCAUGCACACAAGCACAAGAUAGAGGAAGAUAUUGCAGCAGAUGCUGCUGUUGGUGCUGGUGGAUAUGCAUUCCAUGAGCAUCGUGAGAAAAAAGAAGCAAAGGAAGAAGAAGAGGAAGCUGAGGGAAAGAAGAAACAUCAUUUCUUCUAAUUAAUUAAUUCUUCUUAUCAUAAUUCAUAUAUUUAUAUAUAUAUAUAUAUACCUCUCUUUGUUGUGUGCUGCUCUAUCCUUUAUUAAUAUUCAGCACCUAAAUAAUCUGUAUGUGUGUUACAGUCUUUGUGUUUGAUGUAAGCGUUAAAUUUGACGUUUUAAGUCAUGUACAUGUUGUCCACUUUGCAUCAGUCUGAAUUAUACUACACCUUUUAAUACAGUA